AUGCGUCUCCUCAUUAUCACCAUUCUAGCCGGGGUCUCUGUCCUAGCAAGCUGCGAUCAAUGCGUGGACUAUGACAUAACAUGCUACCAGAGACUAGACCAAUGUGGUGAUUCGUUCACUAAAGCCCAAUGUCCGUACACUUGCGGGUUGUGUAAAAAGGAUCCAAAUGAAUGUAGUGAUACGAAUGAUGAGUGUCAGUUGGAUAUGUCGCCAUGUGAAACAGAUCAGUAUCAGAAAAUUUGCCCGAAAACCUGCAAUGUCUGUCCGCCAGCAAUCUGCGUGGACCAAUGGGACAACUGUCCGCUCUACAAGUUAAUCAACCAAUGCACUCGAUAUCACAAGACAAAGUGUCCACUGAGCUGUGGUCUUUGUACCGGCAAUGUCACUACUCCAGCAACUACAACUAGUACUACCACUCCAAUUCCGUUAACAACGACAAUUGAGUGCAAGGAUUCCUUGUUAAGAUGCUCAGAAAUGGCUAAACAAGGAUUUUGCUUCAGCCCAGCCUACAAACCAGAAGACAAAAAGCGACUUUGUGGAAAGACGUGCCGAUUGUGCUAAACA